AUGUUUAACGCAGAUUACAUAAAUACUUUGUCAUAAUCAUUUUAAAUAAAUGCAGAACAAUUUAUUUUGUAUGAUUAACACAGAGAUCCUAAAUAAAAACAAUAUUUAUGUAAAUUUUGGUUAAGAGGUACUUGCUGUUUUACUCCAUGUAAGUGUGAAUGCAAUAAUUAGAAUUUUGUCAUUUUGCUCAUGGGAUCGAGUUUUUAGAAUAUUAAAUAGAUUCAAUAACAAAUUUAAGACCUUUACCUAGAUUAGAGGAUGUAAAACAAUAAUAUAGGAUUGAUGGAUUACCAAAAUAAUUUUAUGUAGUUGAGAAAUUUUAAUCAAAUCCUAAAGUGAAGGAAUAAUUGAGAUAAUAUCAUGAAUUUUUUGGAAAAUAUUAUGAUCCUAAAAAAGUUUACAAUUUAAAAGAAAUAAAGUUUGAGAAAUAAAUACAAUCAAUUAUACUUAAUACUAUGUAUUUAAUUGAGAUUGAGAGUUUUUAUGAUAAAAUAUUAGAAAUAUUAUAAGUUAAAGUUAUUCCUAAAGCUGUUUUCAUACAUGAAUUAAAUAGAGUAGGAUACUCAUAUAUGGGUAGUUAUAUAUAUUAUUAUUUUAUAGGAAGUAAUUUUGCUAGACCUAAGACCUUGAUAUUCCAUUUAGAAAAUAGUGGUUAUUGUUUUUAAAAGAUGUUUAAAACAAAUAUAGUAAUAAAUGGAUAUGAUGAAUAUAUUUUAAGAAAAUAAAAUACAUUAAAAGUCUUAAAAGAUGGUGUGAUAAAAUAAGAAUAAAAAGUGAAUUAGGAUGAUAACAAUAAGGAAGGAAAUGAAGAUUUAGAUGAAGAAGAUGAUAAUGAAGUUGUAGAAUUAGAUGAUCCUAUAGAAAUUAAAGAAGGAGAAAAAGAAAUUGCUUUUUUAAUUAAGGUUGAUGAUAAGUAAAAUAUAAUAAAAAGUUUUGAUGCAAAAUUAGUAGAAAUUUUAAAAGAAAAACCAGAUUUGGCUAAACUUACAGAUAUGGAUGAUUUUCAUUUAGCAAUAGAUGAAAUUAUUUAAAAAUAAAAUCAAAUUAAUUUUGAAAAGUAAGAANAUUAAGUAAUUUUUAGUAUCAUUUAUUAUAUCCAAUAGAUUUUGUUUAAAAAAUUUUUUUAAAAUUAUAUAAAAAUAAUUAAUAAAAAAUGUUUAACGCAGAUUACAUAAAUACUUUGUCAUAAUCAUUUUAAAUAAAUGCAGAACAAUUUAUUUUGUAUGAUUAACACAGAGAUCCUAAAUAAAAACAAUAUUUAUGUAAAUUUUGGUUAAGAGGUACUUGCUGUUUUACUCCAUGUAAGUGUGAAUGCAAUAAUUAGAAUUUUGUCAUUUUGCUCAUGGGAUCGAGUUUUUAGAAUAUUAAAUAGAUUCAAUAACAAAUUUAAGACCUUUACCUAGAUUAGAGGAUGUAAAACAAUAAUAUAGGAUUGAUGGAUUACCAAAAUAAUUUUAUGUAGUUGAGAAAUUUUAAUCAAAUCCUAAAGUGAAGGAAUAAUUGAGAUAAUAUCAUGAAUUUUUUGGAAAAUAUUAUGAUCCUAAAAAAGUUUACAAUUUAAAAGAAAUAAAGUUUGAGAAAUAAAUACAAUCAAUUAUACUUAAUACUAUGUAUUUAAUUGAGAUUGAGAGUUUUUAUGAUAAAAUAUUAGAAAUAUUAUAAGUUAAAGUUAUUCCUAAAGCUGUUUUCAUACAUGAAUUAAAUAGAGUAGGAUACUCAUAUAUGGGUAGUUAUAUAUAUUAUUAUUUUAUAGGAAGUAAUUUUGCUAGACCUAAGACCUUGAUAUUCCAUUUAGAAAAUAGUGGUUAUUGUUUUUAAAAGAUGUUUAAAACAAAUAUAGUAAUAAAUGGAUAUGAUGAAUAUAUUUUAAGAAAAUAAAAUACAUUAAAAGUCUUAAAAGAUGGUGUGAUAAAAUAAGAAUAAAAAGUGAAUUAGGAUGAUAACAAUAAGGAAGGAAAUGAAGAUUUAGAUGAAGAAGAUGAUAAUGAAGUUGUAGAAUUAGAUGAUCCUAUAGAAAUUAAAGAAGGAGAAAAAGAAAUUGCUUUUUUAAUUAAGGUUGAUGAUAAGUAAAAUAUAAUAAAAAGUUUUGAUGCAAAAUUAGUAGAAAUUUUAAAAGAAAAACCAGAUUUGGCUAAACUUACAGAUAUGGAUGAUUUUCAUUUAGCAAUAGAUGAAAUUAUUUAAAAAUAAAAUCAAAUUAAUUUUGAAAAGUAAGAAUAAAUUCUGCCAAAUUUGAUUUAGAUUUUAAAGUUAAAAGAUUAAAUUUGGGAUGAAUAUGCUGAAGAAAAUGGAUUUUAGUAUAUAAAAUUUGUAAAUUCGAGAGAUUCUGGAGUACCUAUAAGUUCAAUAGUUAAAAAUUUUACACCUGAAUAAAUAUAAGAAUUAAAUGGAUAUCUUUAGAAACCAAAAAUUAAAUAUUUUCUAUGUUAAUAUUGGAUGAGAGGCAUUUGUACAUUUCAAAAAAAAGAUUGUCGGUUUGCACAUGGUUUAGAAGAUUUAGAAUUAUAUUUUAAUAUUGAAAGAGAUUUUGUAAAAUUAAAUUAAGAGUAAAGACCAUUAAGAUAUAAUUUAAAACCAUUAAUUAAUCAUAGAACUUAUGGAUUAUUAUAUUUAUAAUAAUAUAGAAUGAUUGAUUAAGGAGUAUUAGGAUUGCAAUAAAAAAGAAAUAUAUUUUAAAUUGAUAAUAUAAGAGAAUAUAGAGAUAAAAUAAGAAAAUAUAUCUAAAAAGAUAUGAUAAUUAAUUUAUAUAGAAAGAUUUCAAAUGGUAAGCCUUAGAAUAAAGGUGAGAUUCUGAAAUAUUUUAAUUUGGUAGGUUUUAUACAGAGAGGAAUUGAUUUAUCAGAAUUGAAGAUAAUUAAGAUUUUAGUAAAAAGUGGUGCUGUAUUUGAGAAAGAAUUUAUAGUAAAAGUACAUUAGAUUGAAUAAGAUAAUUCAAGUAAGAAAGAGAAAAGGAAAGUUACUUAAAAAUAAAUUUUAUUAAUUCCAAUUUUGGAUUACAAUGUUUAUAAUCAAUUUUAUGAAUAAAUAUUAUUUUAAGCAUUGGUGAAUAUAUUGAAAAACAAAGUAGAAUUGCCAAUAGAGGAAAGUGUAAUAAAAAAGGAAAUAUAUAAAUUAGAUUAGGUUUUAGAGAUGCCAGGAAUUUAUUAAUAUUUUAUUAGACAUCCACAAAAGAAAUAUACAUUAAUUGAAUAUUUUUAAGAGAAUAUAUUAGCAAAAGUGAAGACUUAGUUAAAAGAUUAAAUUCAUCCAGAAGUUUAUGAAUAAAUAUCUGAAGAUGGGUUUAAUAUAAUAUCUUUUGAUGCUGAUAUUCAAUAAUUAAAAGCUAUAAUUUAAGAUAUUUAUAAGAUUGCAUUAACACGUAAUUAAAGUUCAAUUAAUUUUGGUAAAUUGAUAAAGCAAGUAGAAAUGAAAGUUAAUGAUUAUAAUAAACAUAAAUGCUUAGUAAAUUAUCUACAUAAGGAGAAAAAGCAUAAGUUUUACAGUAUAAAUGGAAACUUUUAUGUUAUAAAUGAAUAAGGAAAAAGAGUUGAUAAAAUAAAGAAAUGCAAAUGUGGAAAGUAAUAUUAAUCACCAUAAAAGAUAAAAUAGAUAAACAAUGAUAUGUUAAUAAAAAAGAUUAGAGAGGUAUAAGAAUAUGUAGAUAAAGAUGUAAGAAAUACAAUAAUAGUGGAUUCAGCAGAAAAGUUACUUUUAGCAUAAGAUUUUUUAUCAUAAGAUGUUAAUUAUAUAGCAACAGAUUUGGAAGGAUAAUUAAAGGAAGGAGAUAUAUGGCUUAUUUAAAUGGGAGUAAUGAUAGAAAAUUUGAGAAUAAUAUUUAUAUUUGAUUUAAUGAAAGCUAAAUAUUUGGAAAGUAAUUUAGUAUUUCAUGAAUAAAUGUUGAAUGUAAUUAGAAGAAUCUUAGAAGAUGAAGAGAUUUGUAAAGUAUUCCAUGAUUGUAAAAGAGAUAGUUAAGCUUUGCAUAUCAAUUAGAUUUGUCCGAAGAAUAUAGUAGAUACUAGUAGUACAUAUUAAUUAAUAGAAUAAAUUAAAUUAAAUGAUUAAGAUUAGAAAAAGGUUUAAAAAAAGUAUUCGAUAUAUAUUUAUUAAAUUUAUAGUUCAAUAUUAAUAUCUAAAGAAGUAUUAUAAGUAGCCACUCCACCAAUAAAUAGUGUAUUAAUAAAAUAUGGAGCUUUAUAUGGAGCUAAUGAAUUAAAAGAGGAAAUGCAUACUAAAUUCUAUUAAUUAAAAGAUGACGAUUUCUUUGUUCGUCCAAAUCCAGCUUUCAUGUAUUAUUGUGCAAGAGAUGUAGAAGAUCUUGUUUAGGUGUAUUUAUAAAUGGAAAAGAGUGUUUUCAAAUAUAAAUACAUUAUCGAAAAGAUUAGUAACAAAAAUAAAGAAUUUUAUUUAAAGUAAAAAGAUAAGUAAAAUUGA